UUAAAAAAAGAAUUAUUUCAAAAAUGUUACAUAUUAAAUAAGAAAACAACGGGAACAACUAAAAUAAAGAUACGGAACUUCUCGAUAAUUCAUGCUUCGAUCUGCUUAGCUACAUGAGAUAUCGAAAACGUCAAGUGUUUAUAGGUACAUAUUUUUUCCGAAUAUUAGCUGAUACUUUGUUGCUCUUAUCGUCUGUUCGAUAUUCGUUACUUUCAAACGCGACCGAUAAAUUCAUAGGAAAAAUAUUACAUCUGCUACGAUUAAAAUCGACGUUAUCGAUUGUUCAUCAUUGAAACACGUGAUAUUGCUAAUUAGGUAACUUCAGAUUCGAUUGUGAGUUUUUAUAAAAAUUACCUAUUGUUUUUACUUGUGAUUCGGUUUUAUUAUCAGAUUGUAUUUUUACUGAGCAGUUUCAAGCAUACGUUUAUGAAUUUUAUCAUUUUGACCACGUUCCGUUCAGAAUGCAUCUUUAAAAUUGGAGAUUCGAUGAAUGUUAUUAAGAGAAGGGAGAUAUUUUCAAAACUUUCUCGCCCACCAACAGGGACUUACUUGAGAAUACUAGAGAUACGCUACCUUAAAUCUCUUACUAAUGAUAAUGCUUACUAAGAUUCUUUACUCAAUAUGAUCUGUUAUUGUUUUCCGUAUAAAUACCGAAUGAUUUUCUUUAUCUUGCAGAUGUUAGCUGUGUUUAUAUUUUUUUUCCUUUAAAUUUAUAUUAGCAUGUACAAUGAGGUGCAUUAAUGAAGUCCUUUUUCGGUGUAGCUAGUGCAAAAGUCACAGCGAUCUUAAUCAAUCAGACAAACUCAUAAAGCCAAUGGCAACGCAUGAUUGGUUAAACUGCUGGAGUUCCUACACUGAAAAAUGAUCUCAUUGCACAUGUUUAUAUCAAUAAUAGAUCUUUAUAUUUAUAUUCCCCAUUUUUUUAUGCUUGUAGAAACAAAUUUUCAUAAUGCGAUACAGAAUAAUUUGACGUCAGAUUUUGAUCACAAUAAACUUGUUCGAUUUUUAUAGGACACUCUUCAUUUUUGUUUUAUAACUGCAUUAUCCGACGAGAAUAAAGAUCGAAGAAAAACUUGAUUCGUACGAGAAGAAAAUAUUUAACUUGACAAUUUAACUGAAGAUUAUUUUAUAUUAAUAUCAAUAUAACAUCAUAAUUUAUAUAAUAGUAAGUAAAAAAGGUAUUUUUUCUCAUUGUGUACGAUAGGCGCCCCUAUGCCAUACUUGAUACGCGUUACGCCGCCCCUGAUUACCGGAUACCCUGUAUACAUAUAUAUAUGUAUAUACAGGUAUAUAUACAGGUACGAGGAUAGUUUACUAGUACAGUUGAUCAGUAGCUUCGGUACUCAACGGAACGAAGAUAUGGUAGAAGUGGAAAGAAAAUCGCGUAUUGUCAUCGUCGGGGGUGGUUUGGUUGGAGGAUUAGCCGCGUGUUUUUUUGCUAAGAGAGGUCAUCGAGUGAUGAUCUAUGAAUAUCGAUCAGACGUACGAAGAGAAAAGUCGCAUGGUCAAAGUAUCAACCUGGCAUUGUCAUUUCGUGGUAGAGAGGCUUUAAAGACAAUCAAUCUCGAAGAUACUUUGGUAAAACGUUACGGUACUCGUAUGCGCGGUAGAAUGCUCCACGAUAAAAAUGGCAAUUUGAAAGAAGUUAUUUACGAUAAGGUCAAAGAAAAUUGCAUUUACUCCAUUAAUAGACGUUAUCUCAACAUGGUUUUAUUGGACGCCGCAGAAAAAUAUCCAGAAGUGGAGCUCAAUUUCAAUAGAAAGCUUGUGGACGCCGAUUUGGAGAAAGGAAAGAUGAAAUUCUUAAAUACGAAUACGGGAGCGAUUGAAGAUGUAAAAGCUGAUCUAAUAAUCGGUGCCGACGGCGCUCACUCGAAAGUACGAAAGAUUAUGGCCAAUAGAUCGCUCUUUAAUUGUUCCCAAACAUACAUCGAGCACGGCUAUGUGGAAUUUUCUUUGCCACGUAGAGAAAAUGGCGAAUUUGCGAUGAGCAGAAACAAUCUUCAUAUCUGGCCGCGUGGUGAAUUUAUGAUGACCAGUCUACCGAAUGAGGAUGGCACGUUCACUGGUAAUCUAUUCGCUCCAUUUCGCGUGUACGAAAAGCUGAAGACGCGCGAGGCGUUGUUGAAUUUUUGCACCGAGCAUUUCCCGGAUUUUCUGCGAUUGAUCGGUGAGGAGAAUUUGGUGAAACAGUUUUUCGAGAAUGAACCGCAAACAUUAAUAUCAAUUAAGUGUAAACCUUAUCACGUUGGAAAAACUGCUGUUAUAGUUGGAGACGCUGCCCACGCUAUGGUUCCUUUCUAUGGUCAAGGAAUGAAUUGUGGCUUUGAAGAUAUUUUAAUACUCGAUGAAUUAAUGGAACGCUAUAAUUCGGAUUUCGCUAAAGUGUUGCCGAAAUUUUCGGAAUUGCGAUGCGACAAUGGACACGCAAUAUGCGAUCUAGCGAUGUAUAAUUAUCUUGAGAUGAGAGAUUUAGUUACGAAAAGAUCUUUUCUUCUUCGAAAGUUCUUGGAUAAUAUUUUAUUCACUCUUUUUCCGAAUUUUUGGAUACCGCUUUAUUUCUCUGUGCAGUUUACUCGCAUGAAUUAUCGUGAAUGCAUAGCGCGCAAAGAGUGGCAGGAUAAGGUAUUAAAAACGAGUCUUUUAUGUAUCGGAUUUCUGAUUUUUGCUAUUUUAGCUGUUUAUUUUAUCCAAAAGGCUAUGCGAAUUUGAUCGCUUGUCAACUAUCAUUAUUAAAUUUUAAUCUAAAUAACAUAAUUAACAAUUAGUUUUUACACGAUAAAAAACAUAAUUAACAAUUAGUU